UAAUAGCACAAUCCGGCAGGCGCGGCCCGCCGUUCGGGGUGCGACCACAGGAAGGCAACCACCGCGCGAAAUGACCGGGAACUUUGGAAUGAUUAUUACGAGCCGCAAAAAAAAUGCCGACCAAGAGAGAAAUCAUCGCUCAAGAUGCGGAAUCCGAGCUAGCGCCCGUGGCAGACCUGACUCGGCCGCUGACUCUGCGCUCCAGGCGCACUGAGCGGCAGCGCCGGAAGCAGCAGAAGCGGGCGAACUCGAGUUCGGCGGCUGCUCAUCCAGCGAGGCUCGUGGACUUGCCUCUCGAGCUGAUGAUGGCAAUCCUGGAACUGCUCCGCCCCAGCGACAUUUUUGCAUUGUCCCGGGUGAACAAGGAGCUCCGUGCCUUUGUGCUCGCCAACGAGUCAGCCAUCGCGCAGCCCAUCAUCAAGCUGCGAUACUCUAUCCUCGAACGGUGCCUUCCGCGUCCGGUUGGCCUGGAGCACGUCGAGCCAGCCAUCCAGUCGCUGCUGAAAAGUGCCGACCGUCCGGACCUCGGUGCGCACCGAAACGCCCACCAGAACAUCCCGCCUCCUGACAAGACGCUUCAUUGCACUUGCAUGACCUGCUUGGUGCGCUGGAAUGCCCUCUGUGCCGUCAUCGACUUUGCACAUUGGCAGGACCACCUCGACAGAGGCAUACCCAUCCCGACCAUCGAGCGGGGUACAAAUCCUCGGUGGAACCAAGAGCUCCUGGAGCGCAAUCGCCGCGUCGCCCUUAACGCGCUCAAUAGCCCUCUGUGGUAUGCCAGGAUCCUUGAGGCCCAUCUCGAGUCCACCACAAGGUCCAUUCGCCGUCACAGCCAGAACAAGGCAGACCAGCGCCGGCACUACCGCGUGACCGCCGCCGACAUACGCGCCGGAACCGACGAGUUCCUUCAACAGAACGGGCAUCCAACUUUUGACUACCCCUAUGCCCGAGACCUGUACUACAUGCUCGAAGCUUUCCUACCGGGCCGGAGUUGGAUUUCGGAGCUCCAGAAAUGGGUUUACAUGCCGCAGACCCAGGAGUGGCACGAAACCGAUCUGAGAAUCUUGGUUAGAAUGGACGAGAAGAGGCGACAGGAGCGUCAGAAAUCAGCAACUUGAGUCCCGUGCAUACAUAUAGUUACCUUUCUUGAUUUCCAACACUGCUUGGACCAUAAUUAACGGCAGUGGGCAAGAGACAGCGGCUGCUUUAGUGUUCGGUGGGCAUCUCAGAAUCGGAACCCACGACGCAUAAUUACCAGUACCGGAUCUUCGAAUUGAAUUCGCCUUGUUUUUCCGGUCUGUUUCUGCCUUCCAAGAUGCCGGUCAAAUAAUCGACCCGACUUGACCAUUUUGACUUUC